GGUCUUGUCAACACACGACUUCCAUAAACAGCCGGAGCAGACUUGUUUUUGAAACAGGUUUUAUAUUCUUUAAGCAUAUAUUUAAGGUGUAGGCAUAUAUAAAGGAUAGCUUUUCAAUUUUCUUUUAGGGUAUCUGUGCUGCUAUUUUUUACUGCAUGUGCAUCGGGGUUUAACUUCCACGACCUCCAACACGCACAAUCCUGGUGUGCAAGCAGGCUAUUUACGGUCAUGUCGAGUAGAAAAACGAAAGACUUCGAUGAAAUUACUGCGUUUCUAGGCGACUACGGUUCCUUUCAAAUUCUAAUGAUCGUUCUGCUUAGUUUAAGCACAAUAAUGUGUGGGUACACCGGAAUGAUUGUGGUUUUCGUCUCGGAUACACCAGAGCACCACUGCAAAGUAUCGAUAAACUAUACGCGCAACGCUACAGAUGUGGAGGUUUCCUUCCGCAACCAGAGCAUCUGGAUCGGAUCCAACAGCUGCUCCAGAUACACACUGAACCGGAGCUCCACGGAGGCAGGGGAGCACAAUGAUACAGAGCCAUGUCUGGACGGAUGGGUCUUCAGCACCGAGAGAUACACCGCCACUAUUGUGUCUGAGUGGGAUCUGGUUUGUCACAAUGCAUGGAUGGUUCCUUUUACCACCUCCUUAUUCUUUGUAGGGGUCCUGAUUGGAUCAUUUGUUAGUGGUCACUUCUCAGACCGGUUUGGCAGAAAGCCAGUGUUUUUCUUUACCUUGGCCCUACAAACAUUCACUCCUCUGAUCCAGGCCACCUCCGUCAGCUGGCUCAUGUUCUGUAUCCUCAACUUUCUAAGAGGACUUGGCCAGAUCUCCAAUUACAUUGCGUCACUCAUUCUGGGGUCUGAGAUGCUGAGCCCGACUGCCAGGAUGAGCUACGCUCUGCUCGGCCACAGUGUGGGGUUUGGUGUGGGAUAUGCAUUGCUGCCGCUGUUUGCCUACCUUGUCCGCGGCUGGAGGAUGCUGCUGGUUGCUUCUGCCAUCCCUGGCCUCCUAUUUAUACCAACAUGGUGGGUGAUUCCUGAGUCUCCCCGCUGGCUUUUACAGAAAGGUCGAGUUGAGGAGGCUGAACUUAUCAUACGCGCUGCUGCCAAGAGGAACCAAGUCCAGGCUCCUGAGGUCAUAUUCAGGGCUGACGAGUGCUUGGAGCUGAUGCAAAACACAGGUGAAGAGAGGCAGACAUACACUUAUCUGGACCUGAUACGAACCCCUAACAUGAGGAACAUCACAAUUCUGAGUGUUCUCAUAUGGACUGCUACCUCCAUGGUUUUCUAUGGGCUCUCUCUCAAUACCAGUAACCUAAAUGGAAAUGUCUACCUCACCUGCUUCAUUUCAGCAGUCAUUGACAUUGUGGUGUAUGUAGUCACUUGGAUGCUGGUUAAUCGUGUGCAACGACCCACAUUCAUCUGCUCGGCAAUGAUGUUCUGUGGCAUCAUGCUCCUGGUUAUCAAGCUAGUUCCGGAAGACAUGCAUGUCAUGUUCCAGGUGUUUGCCUUAGUGGGAAAGGUCGGUGUGUCUUCUGCUUACUGCAUCAUCUUUGUGAUCUUCACUGAGCUGAUCCCCACCGUGGUCAGAAACAUGGGCUUAGGGGUAGCAUCCACAGCUGGACGCAUAGGCACCAUCAUUUGUCCUUUUGUGAUCUACAUGGGCGUGUACAGUAAGAUCCUGCCAUACAUAGUUUUUGGCACAAUCAGCAUCAUGGCUGCUGCUGUUAGCAUGUUGCUGCCAGACACCAGAAAUAGCAAACUUCCUGACCUCAUCAGCCAGGCCAAACACAUCAGAGGCUGCUGCUAUAAAAAGGAAACAGCUACAGCCCCGUCGGAUCUGAUGGCUGUUGUUGACAGUUCUGCUGUUUAAGUGGCUGUGUCAGACCUUUACCUCACCUACCUCGAUUAAGCUUACCAUUGAUAAAAAAUAUGCUAAAUUGGCUGUAAAUAGAAAGGAUGUAUGUGUCCGUCAUGCAGUGGCGGUUCUAGAACAUUUUACAUGGGGUGGCAAAGGGGGGGGCAAGAGGUCAUGCCAGGGUGGCAUGGGAGGGCGGACAGUACGUGGUAUUUUAUACUGUAUAUAACCUA